GCAGCUGGUUAAUCGAUCGAUCACGUGCUGACGACGACCAGGGGAUUAGAACCAACGAGACUGACACUUCAGCUUGGACACCUGCAGAACCUGAUCGCGACUGACGAAGCAAGACUGCUGUUCUUCGUGUGUCUCAGAUUGCGCUUGGCAAACGUUGGCUCGCACAAUCUUCAGAGUGUCACAUCUUUUGCUCAUAUUCCUCGCACCUAGAGAGCCAGGCCGAGUGCAGAGGUCAUGUUCAGAGCUAUUAAGUCGCUGUUCGUUGGGAAUGGCAUGUGUCAUGCUCUUGACUAUACUUGUCACAUUCUUGUAAUCCUCGCUGCUUGCAUGCUUGGCAAUCACUUUGCAGAGAAGUCCAUAUUGCAAGCGCUCCUGCUACCUAUAUUGAUGAAUACGAUUUACAUCGGCCACUACCUGGACGAGAAGCAAAGGGCACAGUUUCUGCCAAUGAUUGAGUUCUGCAGUCAGUUCUUCAAGAGCAUCGCCCUGCCGCGCUUCACUUUCUUCACAGCAGCCAUCACCUCCUAUUUCACGACAACCAAUCUUGCCAUAACACUGACAGCGCUGGCGAUCUCAUAUGCAAGAUGCGAGCUUGUUCAAAUCGGACACGCGGUAACUGGUUCCCCGAAAGCCUUUGCUGUGUUAAGAUGGUUUGAGGAUAUUCGAAUUGCAUCAGACUUGCAGCUUGUGUUCUCCUGUGCUGCAUGCUUGCUCAGAGGGUUCAGUGCUUACGCCAGAUGGCGGGAUCAUGAUGAUGCCAGGCUGAAGGCCGAGCUGGAGAAACUGUUGGGCGACGCUGCCGCAAAUCAUCAGCUGACAGAAAUUGAACACGGAGAGGCUAAGCUGGCUCAGACAUUGCGAACAAGGGCCUUGGUCUUACAAAGGCUCCAUCCAAGGGUAUCGUCCGUUCUUCGUUUGACUACAGCACUUUCGGAGGGACAGAUUCCUACAGAGUGGGUCGAGAUUGCUCACCACUUCUCACAGGCGGCGCAUGAUCUGACUCGAUUGGAUCCACCAUCAGCGGAACUCGCAUUGACUUCAGCACAACUCGCAUGUCUCAGAGCACGUCGAAACUUGCGAACAGCACAGGAAGAGCUUCAAGCUAAACUGGCCAUUGUUCGAGGAGCUUUGCAAACGUCAAGGCCGACAAGCGCCGCAACAGGGGAUGACUGACAAUGCGCAUUGUGAAGAAAGGGACAGCUGCAUGCGUGGGUUGU